AUGUCUGCCAACGACCUCCGGGGGUGGGUGAUGAGCGCUGUCUCAGGUGUUGCCUGCGUCCUUGGUUCCUCUAUCAUCUGUGUCGAUGUGCUGGUACAGACGCUUUCCCACCGCAAGAGCUUCCAAAUAGCCAACAGUAGUAACUUCCUGUCGGCAUCAUUAUGUCUCAGCGCUGGAGUCAUGCUCUUUACCUCCCUCUAUAGCAUGCUCCCCACCUCGAAGCAAUACCUCACUCGCGCCGGCUUCUCCCCCGCUGUAUCUGCAUAUAUUUUGAUCGGCCUUUUCAUUACCGGAGUCGCAGGCAUUCAACUAGUAUCUGCAUUUGCACACCGAUACAUCCCAUCUCAUGUUGUCGACUGUGCCCAUACUCAUGACGGGUCGGAAGGAGAUCCCGAGCGCGGCGAGCCCGCACGCGAAGACCAUGCAAAUGGACAUACCGAACGAACACCGCUGUUGCGACCUAAUAAGCCAACUUCAUUCAAGUCAACGCCAGCGGUGGUACAACGGAGCCAACAUCCUGAGCCGGCGCCGAGACGCGAGACGAUGCGGGCAAUACUAACGCGUCGCAUUACGUCGCUCAUGGGUGGCGUAAAAUCCACCUGCGACGAGGACGGGCCUUGCUUUGGGGUUUCCCAAACCUGCGGUCUCGAAUGCACCAAAGUGCUUCCGCCACCCAACAGCAAUGAACCAGCGCGACCCGAUCUGCUGCAUCGCGAAAGUCUAUCCGUACCGCUGGAAUCAGAUAUUUCCCGCGCGGAAACUGAGGCUGACAAUGAUCUUAUACCUACUGUCCGGGAAGAGGGGUAUUUUGACAGGAUCUCUGCACAGCACCACAUACAACCAGAUGUUACUUCGUCCGAUUCGUCUCAGAUCCUAGACCCGCAUUCUUCAAGUCAUCUAUCUCAUUCACAUCCUGAGUACCAUCGCCAUUCUGAGCAUCAUCCCCAUUCCGAGCAUCAACAUCAGGACGAAUCUCAUGGCCACCGCGACGAUAUUGACUCCGGGCGUCCCAAAUCUGCCGGUGGCAACCAGCACCACCAUCAUGUCCCUAAAAAUGCAUUCCUCUCCAUUGGCCUCCAGACCUCACUUGCCAUUGCUCUGCAUAAGCUUCCCGAGGGGUUCAUCACCUAUGCCACCAACCACGCCAGCCCAACCCUCGGCAUGACAGUAUUCCUGGCUCUGUUCAUCCACAACAUCGUGGAAGGUUUCGCCAUGGCACUUCCGCUCUAUCUAGCCCUCAAUUCCCGCUGGAAGGCAAUGUUCUGGUCCAGCCUCCUGGGUGGUAUCAGUCAACCAGCCGGUGCUGGCCUAGCCGCACUUUGGAUCUGGAGUACCGGACAACACGGUAGCGACGAUGCCACAGGUACCUCGUGGGGGAUCUAUGGAGGUAUGUUCGCCGCUACGGCGGGAGUGAUGACUUCAGUUGCAUUGCAGCUUUUCAGCGAGGGACUUGGUCUCACCCAUCGUCGGGGAAUGGGAAUCGGGUUCGCUGUUGCAGGUAUGGGGUUGAUGGGCCUCAGCUUUGCGUUGACUGCUUGA